AUGAGUUUGGAUGCAUCCGCCACUAAUGUCAGGAAUAUGAGCAUGCACAUUAAAUAGCCCUGUUAAAUUUUAAAAAAAUAAAUCAAUUGGAACAGUUUUUAAAGUUAGCGGUCCAUAAAUAUAGCUAAUAUUUGCAAUCCUUUAUUUCAAAUUAGCUUUCCAGUUAUAUAAGAUUGUAAUCUACAGAACUUAUUAAUUGAUUUCUAUAGAUCUCGCUAUCAGAGCGUAAUCUAUACAAUUAUAUAAUUGAAAACAUUUUACUGGUUAUUUAAAUCAGCAUCCUAUAUAUUCUUCAGCAAGAGCCAUUAUGAAGAAAUAAAAUAGUGCACUGCCAGAGAGUAAAAUGGCUUUCCGUAUAAAAAAAUUGAUUAGCACAUAUAGGGCUUAUUCAAGGUAAUAUAGUUUAUAGCUAGCUGUUUUGCAAGUUCCGCAAAGUGUUGCAGAUGCACAGUCUGGCAAUUAGCUUGAUCACUUGUGCAGGUUGGUGAGUCUAGUCUUCUUUCUUUUUCUGUAGCAUUUGGCUUUAUUUCUUGGCUAGAUCCUUGGCUAUCAUUGUUUUGGAAAAGCUGGUUAAGAAUCUCAGGAUCUGUAAUAGGAGCAAUAAAGUCACCAUCAGAACUUUCCUCGUGCUCAAUGAUGUUGUUUUGCAUUGCAGAAGCUCCAAACAUCAGGAUAAGAAUAAACACUGGCACCACCAUUUAUUUCUAUUAG